UUUAUUAAAUAUCGGAAAUUCCCCAUUUGCUUCGCUAUUUUCUGCGAAACAAGAAUGACUCAACAGUUAAAAACGAAAGAAAUUUUAGUUAACUCAUAGAUCUACUAAUUCCUCUAAAAUUCUUAAACUAAUUUACUACUUUCAGAUUUUCAGAUUAUUUACCUAAGUUUACAAACUCAUUAAGGUCCGUGCUGAUCAAGAAUUUUGAAAUGAAUACUGUAAACAAUUACAGCUUGAGUAUGUUGUUUAGACUUUGUGCGACUUUUAGUGUUUUUGUAAAUGGCAGACAAUUCAGAAGAUUUUGGCUUGGUUGGCAUUAACAUUAUAGUGACCAUGGUUCCUUCAUGCAAUUCGAGGAUUACAUCCCAGUCUUUACGAACGGCACGUACAGUUAUAUUAUUUAAUAGCUAUUCUAUGGACACCUUGCCAUCACUAUGUGAUGCUGUGUCGCAGAUUAAGUUAAGAUAUUCUUUUCUUCAGCUGAUCAAGAUUUAGCAGAGUUUAUUUUUUGAGACGUAAUUAUUCUUCUAUUGAGGAGCUACCCUGUUAGUUCCAGCACUCUACCUUGACAGAAUGUCAAAGACACCUGUGCAUAGUUAUUUUUCCCAGUUAAUGGAGUCGCAAGGACGGCUGGCAUCUUUUAGGCCAUUGCUAAAUGACAACCUCCCCCUUGGGCAGGUCUUCUACUGUCAGCUGGCCGAAGCGGGCUUUACGUGCGUUGGCAAGAAGUCAGUAUCGUGUGUGGGUUGUCGCAACAAGCACCGCAUCAAUAAGUUGAAUGACGACCCAAGGUCUGUCAGUUAUCACUGUCGAAGCUGCAGGUUUGCAAACAGAGACCAUGUCGAGGCUGAUCAAAGCGAGGCAAGAGAGGGAGGGGAGGCUAGAGAAACUGAUGGAGCGGUUGAUUGCAGGAAUCAGUGGAAAACGCAUUUGUUUUCACUUCUCGAUGAGACUACGACACAUGACGAAGAAAGCGACGAAGAAGAUGCUGACGCCAUCUACUACAGCCGCUACUUGACUCGUCUUGAGAGUUUACAAAGCUGGAACUCUCCUCCACAAAUACAACCACAUUUGCUAGCAAGUUACGGAUUGUACUACCGAGGAAUCCGUAAUGCUAUCCAGUGUUACAAAUGUAAGUGGAUUUACAAUAUCACUGAUGAGUCUACGGAUGUGAUCAUCAAUAAACACAUCAGAUAUGAUUUACACUGCACUACUGCGACACACGGUGAUAGUUUUACUGCAAGUGUAAGCAUGGAAGACUUUUCCUGA